GAUUAGCCCCACAAUAUUCUCUUUCUUCUUCCUCAAUUAUGUUAUGCAAUAUGCACAGAUAUAAACCUCCUUGGUUGGGGACUCUUGGUAAGCCUUUGCUAUUGUGGUAUCCCUUUAUCAAAUCAAGCGCACUCUACUUUAGCAGGUUCCAUACAUUCUGCAAUUCUGCUCCUGCGUUCAUGGCUUCCUCCUCCUCAUCUCCUCAGAAAAGAUCGAUUGUAAAUCCUAAACUAUAUGAUGCAUUCAUCAGCCACCGAGGCCCUGACGUCAAACAAACCCUUGCUGAACAACUGUAUGACCUUCUUCAGGAAAGAGGGUGCCGGGCAUUUCUAGACCGUGAAGAGAUAGAAGCGGGAGACUCUAUUUCAUCUGCCAUUUACAAUGCCAUAUGCUCCUCUGUGGUUCAAAUAGCUAUUUUUUCAAAAGGAUAUGCAGAGUCCUCAUGGUGUUUAGACGAGUUAGUUUUUAUGCUACAACAAACCGAUGCCCUGUUUAUUCCUGUCUUCUACGAUGUCCAUCCGUGGGAGCUACGGCACGUCCAGAAUGAGAAGUCACAGUAUACUGCGGCAUUUUCUGACUAUCAAAGGAAAGGCAGAAAUCUUGAUAAGCUGGAUGAAUGGAAAGAGGCCCUCGCAUCUGCUGCAGACAUAUCUGGUUAUGAACUUAGCCAGUAUCAAGACAAUUUGUGUGAAAAAAUUGUGUCUCGUGUGAUACAAGUAGUGCAAGAAAAGAAGAACAGUAUAGCAUUAGACGUUGCAAAAUAUCCAGUUGGAAUGGCUGAACUCGUUCAAGAUUUUGAAAGGUCUUGUUCAAAGAGAGCGAGUGACAAGGUCACCAUAAUAGGGAUCUUUGGUCUAGGGGGUGUUGGCAAGUCUACUCUGGCAAAAGAAUUGUUUAAUAGAAAGAGUUCAGGCUACGAUUCAUCAUGCUUUCUCUCUGAUGUUAGAGAAUCACAUGCCAGAGGUGAAUUACACUGCUUGCAAAGUCAGCUCUUAGAAGAUCUUUUCCCUAAAGAUGAAGAGAUAAAAAAUCUAAAGAUUAGGGGUGUACAUGAUGGAAUCAGAAAGCUGAGGGAUCGUCUGGGAAGAGCAAAGCAUUUGCAUUUCCUUAUAAUCCUUGAUGAUAUCGAUCAUGAGGACCAGUUGGAUGCCCUUUUACCUCAAGGUAUGUUGAGCUCUGGUAGCCAGGUAAUUAUUACAACCCGUGACCAGAGCGUGUUAAGGGAUGCAGAUAUCCAUUAUAAGAUGAAGGGAAUGGAUAAGAAUCGUGCUAAAGUUCUCUUCUGUAGACAUGCUUUCGGCGGACAGGAUCCACCCAUUGCAUAUGAAAAAUUGGUUGACAAUUUUGUAGAAUUCUGUGGAGGUUUAGCUCUCUCGCUCAAAGUUCUGGGUGCCCAUGUUUAUCGAAGGGAUGAACAUUAUUGGGAGUUAGAGUUGGAAAAGGUAAGGAAAAUUCAGCCUAGGGAUAUAAUGCAAAGAUUUAAAAUUAGCUUUGAUGGUCUGGAUAGAGACGAGAAACAGAUAUUUAUAGAUAUAGCUUGUUUCUUCAAUAAGAUAGAACAUCAAAAUUUAAAAAGGGAUGCUAUAACAAUAUGGAAGGCGUUCGGUUGGAGCGCUGAGCAUGCGGUUCAAACCCUGCAAGAGAAGUGCCUAGUUGAACUGGUUGAGGACGAAAUAUACCCACGCUUUGAAAUGCAUGACCACCUCCGUGAUCUGGGAAGACAACUAGCAGAUGAGUUGGACCCCCCUAGACUGUGGAGAUCAGACAUUCUUAUAUCUAUGGAAGCAAAAGGAUUUGAACAAAUCCUAGCAGAAAUAAAGGGCAGGUGUUUCCAUUCGUUCUGGGAUUCGUCCCUCCAAACCGAAAUUACUUAUUUUAUAGGUAGUUUAAAUGGCUCUUCUGAGACUGACCUCCUAUGGCUUGACAUAGAUAACAGUAAUAACCUUGGUUGCAAAUUAAAAUGCAUUCCUUCAUGGAUUCCUCUACGAAAAUUGCACAUUUUGUCUGUUAACAGCGUGGGAGAUUUGUGGAGCACUUUGCAGCAACAGUUGCAGACCAAUACCCAGGCCAGUUUCGAGUUGAGAGUGCUGAAUAUAUACCACUCUAGAUCGUUGGAAAAUCUUCCAGAUUUAAUAGCAAUGUUCAAUCAUUUGGAAGAAUUAAAGAUAGUGUGUUCCUUCAAGAAGACAGAUAUAACAGCCUUGGUGCAAUCACUUAAACAACUUAGCAAUCUUAGAUCAUUGGAAUUGGUGGAUGGGGACGACUUCUUCUUCCGUGGGAAUUUGGAGGAUGGGGAUCGUAUCUUCUUGAGUGGGAAUUUGGAUCUGAGCAAAGGUGGAGAUUCAACUAAUUGGGACUCUUCUACAAGCAGCCGCAUGAAUAGCCUUGAAACCAUACACUUUGUCAAUUUAGAUAAUAUAUUAAAGUUGCUAAUUAGUGGUGAGAUUUUUCCCAGACUGCAAUCAUUGAAAGUUCAAGAGUUAUGGAAUCUAAAAGAAAUGCACUUAGAGCAGCUAGAGAGACUGACUACUCUUGACAUGUCGGGAUGCUCCGGAUUGGAAACAAUGUCAGGGUUAUCUUCUCUAACAGGGCUCCAGGUUCUUAGACUGGAGGGUUGUUACAAACUAGAUAAACUAUCAUUGUUAUCUUCUGUGACAGGGCUUCAGUCUCUUAAAGUGCAGGGAUGCUCCACAUUAGAAGGGUUAUCUUCUCUAACAGGGCUUCAGUCUCUUGAAGUGCAAGUGCAGGGAUGUUCCACAUUAGAAGGGUUAUCUUCUCUAACAGGGCUUCAGUCUCUUCAAGUGUUGGAAUGUUUCACAUUAGAAGGGUUAUCUUCUCUAACAGGGCUUCAGUCUCUUCAAGUGUUGGAAUGUUUCACAUUAGAAGGGUUAUCUUCUCUAACAGGGCUUCAGUCUCUUCAAGUGUUGGAAUGUUCAAAAUUGGAAAAAAUAUCAGGGUUGUCUUCUCUAACAGGACUUAAGUCUCUUGAAGUGUUGGGAUGUCGUAAAUUGAGAACAUUAUCAGGGUUAUCUUCUCUAACAGGGCUUCAGUUUCUUCAAGUGUGUAGAUGCCCUAAAUUGAAAACAUUAUCAGGGUUAUCAUCUCUAGUAGGGCUUCAGUCUCUUAAAGUGUUGGAAUGUCCAAAACUGGAAAUUAUGUCAGGGUUAUCUUCUCUGACAGGGCUUCAGUCUCUUAAAGUCGAGGAAUGUCCAAAUUUGAGAAAAAUAUCAGGGUUAUCUUCUCUAACAUUACUUCAGUCACUUCAAGUGUGGCAAUGUCGUAGAUUGAGAAAAAUAUCAGGGUUAUCUUCUCUAACAGGGCUUCAGUCUUUUGAAGCGUGGGGAUGCCCAAAACUGAAACAAUAUCAUCAACGUCAUCUGCAGCAUUUCACUCCGGAAAUUGAAGUGCCUUAGUAUUGAUAUGCAUGAGUACAGAACUGCAUCAAUGGACUCAUAAGGCGGCUUUAACAGGGAUGCCAGUGGAAUGAAAAUUUGUUUCCUGAAGUGAUCAUGAUCAGUGCCCGAAUUGUCAUUGAGAUUGAGAAUGGAAAGCUCAUCAAGUGCAAUCUCUAUAUAUGCUUUGCUUGUAAGGUCUGGUAGUAAUCCUUCCUUAAAAUUUCAAUCUGUAAUUACCCAUUUGUGUUCCUUGCCAUUUGGAAGUGAAUUGAUGAUUACAGUUUUACAAAUCCCACAUAGUAAUAAUGGUGUUGGGCUGAUAAUUGUCCCAAUAGAAAAUGAGUUCCGGGCCAGGGUGAAUAAAGGGGCAGAAAGGAAAGCUUUAAUUAUAUUGCAAAGACUAUUGACAGAUCUUAUUAAA